UAAACAACGGAAGUCGUCACGUUGGUAAUCAUGGCGUCCUCCAGUGCGCUCAGAGGCAACGUGAUAACUCUUUAAAAUGAGAAACUUUUGGUUUACUCGAUCAACCCUUAUCACUUUCGUUUAAUUUUAACACAUUCAACUUCGAGACACAAGUCUUCACAUCUGGGCUGUUUAAUUUAAAGGCAAAAAAUAUUCUCAUAGCCAAAAUGGCUUCAUUCAAACCUACAAAAAUACAAGUGUAUCCUAAACUUGGAGAAAAAGUCACACAAGACACCCUGUACUGGAAAAACUACAAGGCUCCAGUCCAGAUAAAAGAGUUUGGAGCAAUCACAAACAUAGACUUCUCCCCAGUGGCUCCACAUAACUUUGCAGUGACAGCAUUCACAAGAAUCCACAUUUACGGGCCAUUCUCCCAGGAGCCUGUGAAGGCAUUUACACGCUUUAAGGACACUGCUUACUGUGGGAGGUUCAGGUCAGAUGGUCAGCUGCUCGUGGCGGGAUGUGAGGACUCUGUGGUCCGGUUGUUUGAUGUCAGUGGCAAGGUGGCACUAAGGAUGUUCAAAGGACACACAAAGGCUGUACAUGUGACAGAUUUCACUUCAGACCGUUACCAGAUCCUCACAGGCUCAGAUGACUACACCUGUCGGCUCUGGGACAUUCCAAAUGCUACAGAGCUAAACACCUACCAAGAACACACAGAUUACAUCCGCUGUGGUGUCACAAGCAAACUCAACAGAGAUCUCUUUAUCACUGGAUCUUAUGACCACACGGUGAAACUGUUUGAUGCCAGAGCUGAUAAGAGUGUGAUGACAAUGGAUCAUGGGCAGCCAGUGGAGAGUCUGCUUCUCUAUCCCUCUGAGGGACUCCUCGUAUCUGCAGGUGGUCGCUUUGUGAAAGUGUGGGAUCUGCUAAAAGGAGGUCAGCCUCUGGUAUCUCUCAAAAACCAUCACAAAACUGUCACUUCGUUAUGUCUCAGCAGCAAUGGACAUAGACUGCUGUCAGCUUCUCUGGACAGGCAUGUGAAGGUGUACAACACAUCAAAUUAUAAAGUGGUCCACAACUUUGACUAUGCUGCCUCCAUCCUCAGCAUGGCUUUGGCGCCGGAUGAUGACUCCAUCGUUGUGGGUAUGACCAACAGCAUUCUGAGCAUCAAACACAGGAAAAGCCCAGAGGAGCCAAAGGAAACGUCUGGCCAACAGAGGCGACGACCAUCAUAUCGCGUCUUUGUGAAGGGGAAGAACUAUGUCCCUAAACAGGAUGAUUAUCUUGUCAGUAAGUCAGUGAAACAGCAUUUGGCCAAAUAUGACAAGCAACUCAAGAAGUUCAAUGUCUCGAAGGCUUUGGAUACAGCUCUGGAGACAUGGAUAAGACUGAGAAAGCCAGAGAUCACAGUAGCUGUAAUGAAGGAGCUGGAUCGAAGGGGGACAUUGAAGAACGCCUUGGCAGGAAGAGAUGAACAGGGACUCUCUCACCUGCUACACUUCCUUGUCGGGAAUUUAGUGGACCCCAGGUUUGCUCCGGUCCUUGUUACAGCGGCCGAGAUGAUACUAGACAUUUAUGAGUCAAUCAUUGGACAGUCACCAGUCGUGGACCGGCAGCUGAUGCGUCUGCAGGAGCUGCUGGAGAGAGAGAUCGACUAUCAGCAGGAACUCCUGGAGGUGCUGGGCAUGUUGGACACGAUGUUCGCCACCUCCCUCCCCAGGAAGGAGGUGCCUUGCUCUGGCACCAGCAGGUCAAAUGGCCUCGUGCAGGGAGAAGCAAGCACCUCAAGACCACAACUUCAGACCACCUGAGGCUUGUUGAAGGCAUAAAAACUACUUUAGACCUGGUUAGAGUGCCUUUAGAACUCUAAAGUCUCCUUUUUUGAGACAUCAGACACAAGUUUUCUGACAUGACAGGCUGCAUGUCCUCAACAGAAACAUUUUAAGAGACUGAAAAACCCAUGGUCUCACUCUGGUGUGAAUGAAAACAAAACAAAGAUGACAUGCUUUUAUUGUAUGAAAUGUGUGUGUGUGUGUAUGUAUGGGACAAUUUAAAUUACUUUCAAUUGUAAAUGUGUCGUGUGUGGGUACGCCUGUGUUUGAAUGACUUCACUGUGAUGUCUGCUUUGUGUUUUCAUUUAUUUGGCAUUUACAAAUGUUUUAUAAGCAGAUAAUAAAUAAAUCUUUGUAACUGAAA